AUUAAUGCGGGCGGACACUUUAACCAUGCAAAUUCCUUGAACUACAAGGACAAGGGAGAAGAAAAAUCUCACAACUUGUCUUUAAUCAAAAUACAAGGAGUAAGGACCAAGUAAACUGGCAAUCAUUCAACAUUAAAAUGAUAUUUUUUUCCUGUUCAUUCAGAAAAUUUAGACCUUUUUGGAGGUUUGUCCUGCUCAGACAUAAACCAAUACAUCUCCGACAGAGUUCAAGUUUGUAUAAUACUAUGACUUCGUACUUGAUAAAAAUAAGUAUAAUAAUUAAAUAUAAGCAAUUGAGUGUUGAAGUUUGCUCCUGUUUGUUUUACAUUCUGUCUUGAAGCCCCAAACCAUGAAUAUAAGUAUCCCAGUUGCAGAGGUAAAGACCAAGUCUAAGGCUUUUGCCCUGCCUUAACAGUUGAAAUUGGCUGCCCCCCUUUCAACACCAGAGAUCUCAACCUUAGUCGAAGCAGCUGGUCAAGCAAAUUCCCACUAUGGACUGGACGUGGACAACUCUUGCAGUCGCGGCACUGAUCUUUUUCUUUCAAUCACUGGUCUGGAAAAGAAGUGCCAAAAAUAAGAGAUUACCUCCCGGUCCGAGAGGCCUUCCUAUCCUGGGAAACCUUCUCAUGAUAGGGGAGAAACCUCACCGAGAUCUUCAACAGUUAGCCCAAAAAUAUGGCCCCAUUAUGCACUUGCGCUUUGGCUCCAUGCCUGUAAUUGUUGUCUCAUCCCCUGAAGCUGCCGAGCAGUUCCUCAAGACAUACGACCUUGUUUUUGCUAGCAGGCCUCCUCAUGAAGGUUCCAAGUAUAUUUGUUACAAUCAGCAGAACAUAUCCUUCUCUCCCUACGGGUCCUACUGGCGCAACAUGCGUAAGAUGUGCACUCUGGAGUUGCUUAGUAACCUUAAAAUUAACUCUUUCAGGUCUAUGAGAAAGGAGGAGCUACAUCUUUUCAUUGACUGUAUUCAAGAGGCUGCUUCUGCUCGUGUUGCUGUUGAUCUUACUGCUACGGUCUCAUCUCUUAGUACUAACAUUUCUUGCAGAAUGGUGCUUGGAAAGAAAUACAAUAACGAUGAUUUCGAUGAGAAGGGCUUCGAAGCUAUAAUUCGAGAGGGCAUGCAAAUUGGAGCGGCUUUUAAUAUAGCUGAUUACAUCCCUCUAUUUAAAGCACUCGAUCUUCAGGGGCUAAAAAAGCGCAUGAAAGCUGUUGCCAAGGUUUUUGACGACUUCUUUGAAAAGGUCAUUGAUGAGCAUGUUCAAUCCAAAGAUGAAAACAGAACCAAGGACUUCGUUGAUGUCAUGUUGGGAUUCAUGGGAUCAGAAGAAAGUGAGUACCGCGUGGAGCGAGACACUAUCAAAGCAAUAAUCUUGGACAUGCUUGUAGCUGCAAUGGACACUUCAGCAACUGCGAUUGAGUGGACACUAUCCGAACUCAUCAAGCAUCCACGGGUGAUAAAGAAAGUCCAAAAAGAAUUAGAAAAUGUGGUAGGCAUGGAGAGGCUGGUGGAAGAAUCAGACUUGGAGAAACUGGAGUACCUAGACAUGGUUGUGAAAGAAAGCUUUAGGCUCCAUCCAGUGGCACCAUUGCUGGUCCCGCACGCGUCUGUGGAGGACUGCACAGUUAAUGGCUUUCACAUACCCAAGAAUUCACGCGUCUUCAUAAAUGCAUGGGCAAUUGGGCGGGACCCAAAUAUUUGGACUGAUGCAGAGAAAUUCAUUCCAGAGAGAUUUGUUGGAAGUGACAUUGAUCUGCGCGGACGCGACUUCCAGCUAAUCCCAUUUGGCUCUGGCCGCAGAGGGUGCCCUGGAAUGCCACUGGGUCUCAUCAUGGUUCGGCUUGUUGUGGCACAGUUGGUUCAUUGCUUCGAUUGGGAGCUUCCAGAUGGUAUGUUGGCAACCGAAUUGGACAUGACUGAGGAAUUCGGACUAGUUAGUCCUAGAGCCAAGCAUCUCUUGGCUAUGCCAACCUGGCGCCUAAAAACAGAGAAAAGGGCUGUUUAAUUUCUACAAAUAAUAUAUUUCCUGAGUAUGUUUGUUGCUUACUGGAGUAAUGUCUCAAUUUACAUGCAAGUUUUUGUGAAUUUGUCACAGCUGACAUGGUUAACAAAUAAGAUCUGGAUUUACCCUUUCGUUUUGGAUAUA